CGUACCCUCCCCUAAAUCUUGCCUGGCUUUCUUCUACGCCAGCGGUGUGUCACGGAGGUUUGUUAGCCGGUGGGGUGGACCAAAUUCGGCCAUCGAUUGACCCUAUUUAACCAAACUGGCAGUAAAUCGGGUCUGGGGGGGGGUCGCCCUGACGACUUUUACAUGAGUAGAUCGCCUCACCUGUUCUUACAUUUCGCCCCUUGAUCGACCGCUCUUCCAAUGUCGGAUUUCAAGCUCGGGAUUGUUCGACUUGGCCGUGUGGCCGGGAAGACAAAGUACACACUGAUCGAUGAACAGGACAUACCAUUGGUGGAGAACUAUGCUUUUGAGGCACGCAUGGAGGUAGAUGCAGAUGGCAAUGGGGCAAAGAUCUUUGCUUAUGCCUUCGACAUUGGCAAAGGGCGCUGGGCUGGCAGGCCACUGCACGAGCUGCUCUGGGAUAAACACAGAGGAGGCAUCGCUCCCAGCUUCCAAGUAGUCCACAUAAACUCUGUUACAGUGGAUAACCGUCUGGACAACCUGAGACUGGUCCCCAUGGGUUGGAGCCCCAAACCAGAGGAAAUCUCCAGCAAGCAAAGAGAGCAGUCUUUGUACUGGCUGGCCAUCCAGCAGGUACCAGCUGACCCCGUAGAGGAGCAGUACCUGGAGCUCAGUCGUACCCGCUACUACAAUGCUAACGGAGAGCUGGUGGAGGAGGAGGAGUGCUCCUGUACUUACUACGAGUGUCACUACCCACCCUGCUCGCUCAUUGAGAGGAGACUUAGAGAGUUCAACAUCUGUGGCCGCUGUCAGGUGGCUCGCUACUGUGGCUCCCAAUGCCAGCAGAGGGACUGGCCCGCCCACAAGAAGCAGUGUCGUGAGCGCAAGAGGGUCCUGGCCCUAGAGUCUGAACCUGAGCGAUGAUCUCUGAAUCAAUCACCAGAAUAGGGGAAUGGGGGGGGGGAUUAAG